AUGGGGAAAUCCAAGCAACUCAACCAAGACCUCAGAAAAAAGAUUGUGGACCUCCACAAGACGGAUCUGCACACUCACUGUAAUUCUAGUAUGCUGUUCAUAACACGGGAGAACACAAAGUUGGGACAACGUUUAACCUAUGAGGUGGAAAGGAAAGCUACCAAGUUGGUGGACAAAAUCCUGUACGACAUGCUGCCUGAGACUGCUCCCUGGGGGACCUCACGUCAGUUUGGGCGCUGUGCAGUGGUGGGGAACGGAGGGAUUCUCAAGAAUAGCACCUGUGGGGAGAAGAUUAACACAGCUGAUUUUGUCAUCAGACUUAACUUCCCUCCAAUGAACUACAGCUCUGAUGUUGGUGUCAAGUCCAGCCUGGUCACAAUCAAUCCUUCCCAGGUUACUGAGAGGUAA